GSCAAGAUGGCGGCGGAGGCCGCGGGCCCGGCGGGGUCUGGCGGCGGCGGCGGGACGGGCCUGACGGACCUGCCGGGCGAGCUGCUGGAGCUCAUCCUCUGCUGCGACGUGCUGGGCGCCGCCGACAUCGGCCGCGUGUCCUGCACCUGCCGCCGGCUGCGUGAGGCGUGCCAGCCCCGCGGCAAGGUGUGGCGGGAGCGCUUCCGCCUCAGGUGGCCAUCCCUGCUGAAGUACUACAGCCACACGGAUGGCAUCAGCUGGCUGGAGGAGUACAAGGCACGGCACAACGCGGGGCUGGAAGCCCAAAGAAUUGUAGCUUCCUUCUCCAAAAGGUUCUUCUCAGAGCACGUCCCCUGUGAUGGAUUCAGUGACAUUGAGACUCUGGGCUGCCCGAGCCAUUUCUUUGAGGAUGAGCUGAUGUGCAUCCUGAACAUGGAAGGAAGGAAAGGCCUCACCUGGAAGUACUAUGCAAAGAAAAUUCUGUAUUUCCUACGGCAACAGAAUAUAUUAAAAAACCUGAAGGAGUAUCUGCAGCGCCCGACGGAGCGGCAGUCAUUUUUGGAGGGUGCUGUUUUGAUCGAUCAGUACUGUAACCCCCUGUCUGACAUCUGCCUGAARAGUGUCCAGGCACAGGUGGACGAUAUCACGGACAAAGUGCGCAAAGUGCUGCGGACCAAGAACCCCAGGCACCCCAGCGUGGCUUCCAAGGCAGGAGAGGUUCUCGUUCCAGAAGUGGAGCUUCAGAGACAGGUGCUUGAUGCCAUGAACUGUGUGCUGUAUGAGCAGCUAAAAUACAAAGGAAAUGAGCUGGAUUACUACAAUUCCCUGAAUUCCUACAUUCACCAGGUUUUGAUCCGCAGGACAGGAAUUCCCAUCAGUUUGUCUGUGCUUUAUUUAACCAUUGCCAGGCAGCUGGGAGUCAAACUGGAGCCGGUGAACUUUCCCAGCCACUUCCUACUGCGAUGGUGUCAAGGGAAGGAAGGGAGCACAGAUAUUUUUGACUACACCUACAUCGAUGCCUUUGGGAAGGGAAAGCAGCUGACGGUGAAGGAGUGYGAGUACCUGAUCGGGCACCACGUGACAGAGGAGUUCUAUGGAGUGGUGACUUCCAAGGAGGUCUUGCAGAGGAUGGUGGGGAAUCUCCUGAACCUUGGCAAGCGAGAGAGCACUGACCAGUCCUACCAGCUCCUGAGAGACUCCUUGGAUCUGUACCUGGCCAUGUAUCCAGACAAUGUGCAGCACCUCAUGCUCCAGGCCAGGUUGUACUUCCACCUGGGAAUCUGGCCAGAAAAGGUUCUGGACAUCCUGCAGCACAUCCAGGCCCUGGACCCAUCGCAGCAUGGGGCUGUGGGGUACCUGGUGCAGCACACCCUGGAGCACAUCGAGCGGCGCAAGGAGGAGCUGGGCCCCGAGGUCAAGCACCGCUCGGACGAGAAGCACAAGGAGGUUUGCUUUUCCAUCGGGCUCAUCAUGAAACACAAGAGGUAUGGCUAUAACUGUGUGAUUUAUGGCUGGGAUCCYGCCUGCAUGAUGGGCCACGAGUGGAUCCGGAAUAUGAACGUGCACAGCCUCCCCCACGGCCCCCACCAGCCCUUCUACAACGUCCUGGUGGAGGAUGGCUCCUGCAGAUACGCUGCCCAAGAGAACCUGGAGUACAACUCGGAGCCCCGGGAGAUCCCUCACCCCGACAUUGGCCGCUACUUCUCUGAAUUCACCGGCCUUCACUACCUGGCAAAUACCGAGCUGGAAAUUCGGUACCCGGAGGAUUUGGAGCUCACCCGAGCCACAGUGCAGAAGAUUUACAGUUCAGGCAAGGAGUGAGUGCCAAAGGCAGCCUGGGGACAGAAGCAGCUGGAGUGUAGCUUUACCCUCUUUGCAGAACUUGCGUGGGAAGCAAGUUUGGUGACAAUCCUUUGGCUUAAUGCAUCGAAAACUGCAUUGGACUUGGAAACUGGUGCUACAGCAUCUUCCCCUCGUCUGCCUGCCCAUCCUGGCCCAAGGCACAGGGACACUUUGGUACUCGAGGCCCAGCAGGAGCAUCUGGCAGGGUCAGGAGCGUUGUCCUUUGGAAGGAUCUGCACAUCCUGCUCGUUCUGUGGUGGCCUUGCCUUAGAAGGUCAACACAGUGAGAUCCCGAUGUGGAAUGUGGAUGAGCCCCCCUCUUCCAGAGCAGGAAGUUGCUUGUCCUUACAGUAUUGUGAGGUUUGUGUUUGGCUGUGUCUCUUUGGUUUGGUUUGAAUGUCUAUCCCAUGCAGGYGAUAGUUUUUAAAGUCUCUCCGUUUCACUGUUGUCUUCUCCGGUCUGAAUCUUUGGGUCAGGUAUCGCUUCACCUCUAUAGUCUGAUUGUUUCUAGAGCUCCUGUUCCAAUUCUGAACAUCCUUCUGGGCCUGGCAAUAUCCUUAUGGGCCUGGGAAAGACAACCAGCAGCAGUGGGGCUCGUGGGGUGGCAAGCAGUGCUGACUCUGGGGGCCACAUCAGCGAUGACAAAGACUCCUCGAGCAGAAGAGGAGCUCCUGGCCCUUUUCCAGGCCUGCUGAAUGCACCCAGCCCACGUUCUGACCUUGUUCUUUGGUCUGUCCAUCAUGUGUGUCCAAGGUGGGCUCCAUGGCACAGCCRUGAGUGUUCCCAGGAGGAUUUGGGACCUCGUGGGGAUGUUGGUGGAACCUCGAGGGCAGCACCAGAAUGACUUUGAUGGAUGCAGAGCUGCUGCUCGCUGCCGUCUCUGAUCCUUUUUUCCAGUAGGUAUUUAUGCAAUACAGUGAGCGAUGACUGGAACUUGGCCAUCCCUGGAAUCAGCCAAACCAUUAGGGAUGCAAGACAUUCAUUCCUGCAGCUCGAGGCCUUCUUUCUUCUUGCCAAAAGAAAAGGGAUUCUGGGGGUGUGCAGAAUCCUCGGCUGCCUGCAAGGAAAGGGCUUGAGCAGCUCGAGGCACGUGAAUUUGAACCUUGACUUGGAGGCCCAAGCAGAAGCACUGCAGCAGUGUUCCCUCUGGGCUCAGGGGCCGUGGGGUGCAGAGUGAUAUGUUUGUGCAUAUCUUUGUGGUUUCUGAAGCAAUGUGUGUAGAGUAGCUGCACUUGUUUCUCCUGUCACUGUCCAUUUGCAACACAGCAGUUCUCCUGUCCGAGCUGGCACUUAGGGCCCUGUAGAGGUAGGUGGAUGCUCUUUAGUCUCGUACACACUACAGGAAUCUCCACGUGGAAUCACUCACAGCCCCCCUGUCUGGCAAUGCCUGCCCUGCAUGUCACCUCCUGCAACCCUGAGCACUGGUGUUCUGUGAGAAAUAAAUGCUGAGAGCCCGG